AUGGCCCGGUCGCCGCUCCUGCCGCUCCUGCUGGCGCUGCUGCUCCGGGUCCCCGCCGAGGCGCGCGCCCCGCUGGACUCGCUCCUCCGGGGGGCGGCCCCCUGCCAGGCCGGUCUCCCGUGCCCCCUGGCGCCCCUGGGGAAGCCCUCCUCGCCUCGCGUCAACGUGAGCCUCUACUACGAGGCCCUGUGCGGCGGCUGCAGGGCCUUCCUGGUCCGGGAGCUGUUCCCCACGUGGCUGAUGGUCAACGAGAUCCUCAAUGUCACGCUGGUGCCGUACGGAAACGCCCAGGAACAUAAUGUCAGCGGCAAGUGGGAGUUUUCCUGCCAGCACGGAGAGGAGGAGUGCAAGUUUAACAAGGUGGAGGCCUGCCUGUUGGACCAGCUGGAGUGGAGCGCAGCCUUCCUAACCAUCGUCUGCUUAGAGGAACUGGAUGACAUGGAGGGCAAUCUGAAGCCGUGCCUGCAGAUCUACGCCCCGAAGGAGUCCCCCGAGGCCAUCAUGGAGUGUGCCACGGGGGACCGCGGCACCCAGCUCUUGCACAUGAACGCCCAACUCACAGACGCUCUGCAGCCACCCCACGAGUAUGUUCCUUGGGUCGUCGUCAAUGGGAAACCUUUGGAAGACACGAACCAGCUCCUAUCCCUCGUGUGCCAGCUGUACCAGGGUGAGAAGCCAGAGCUCUGCCCAUCCCAGGCCAGCUCCCACAGGGACGUCUGCUUCAAGUGA